UCACUAGUACUUGUUUGACGGUCUUGGGAUGAUGGUGAUCAAUGCCCACUUCGAGGACGAAUCUGGACAUCAAACGAUGAGAAGUGGCGGAGGUCUUAGUUGGUUUCGGAUAAUAGUUAGGAGUGAGCGAGGCUGGAUGAAGGCAUUCGCGUUCGCAAACUUUCAGCUGUGAGAGAAUUGCAGGAUCUGGUGGGGUUUGGACUAUGUCUAAUUGUUGCUGUGCCUAGUUGUGAAGGAGGAGAUCACUUCGCACAGACGAAACCAUCACAGGGCGCAAAGUUGCAAACAGCAAGCAGACCAAGGCAUACUUCAAGCCCAUACUCCUCUGGCUUUAAAUACAACCGUGAUAAAGUAUCUUCCUCGAGCGAACCAUGAAUAUAGAUCAUCGUUCAAUCUCAUACGCGUCUUCACCCCAAGUCUCUUCUUCAAGCCCGAGCAUAAGCUCAGAUCUCAAUGAAAAGGUAAAAUUUCUCAGUAAAGAGAGUGCAAUCAAAAAUUCCCCCGAUAUCGCCCCCGAAGGAGAGAUAACGAUUCUCAACUCCCCGAUGUGCAAUGGAGGUUUCGUAUCGCAAGCGAAGCCAUUCAUGAGCGGCCAGCUUUCAAGAAGGUAAGUAUGAAGAGAAAAGAAAGGGAGCGGGAGGGACGGAGAAUAUAUAGGUUUUCAAGACGCUAGGCAGAAGCGCCGGAGGAUUGGUUGUUCCGGUGUUUGCACUGUUUGACAGCUCUUGCUCACGUGUUGUGAACAACGACAAUAUGUAACCAAUGAACAAGGAGUAGAUGAGUUUGGACUCAUCAUGAUAUGUAGGUUAUACCUCAGGUGGCUUCAUCAAAUCAAUUGUGGCCACUGCAAACGGAAUCUCCGUAAACUCUUGUCCUCAGCCUCGUAAAGUCCCCGCCAAGCCCUGCAAGCUCCAUCUCGCGUUAACCUCAGCCGAAAUCUAAUCGCGCUCGUCCCAAAUCCCAGUCUCAAAUUCCAUCCUGUCGCAAAUAUCAACAAUGGAUCUCGAAGCAGACGACGAGGUCUUGAGAGCGCUUGCAGAUGGCAAGUCCAUGGAUUACGAGCAAUGGCCUAGCCUUCUCACAAGAUUGAUACCUCGAUUAGAGAAAAUCAUACAAGAAGACUUCCCUCCCCCGUCCUCCAAACCCGCAACAUCCACAAUAUCCUCAUCGUCCAACCCGCCCUCCUCUCCACCACCAGCAAGCGACUCCCCCCAAAACAAAGAGAACGCCCCUCCACAACCCACCCCCACAGCCUCCCUCCCAACCCCAAUCCAAGACCUCAUCACCUCAAUAACCAGCACCCUCACAUCCCUCUUCACCAAACACCCACCUCAUACCAUCCAGCGCCUCGCCGAACUAAUCCUCCAACCAACACAACACUACCGCUCUCUCCCCGCCUACCUCCACGCCCUCGACCGCGUCGUACACGUCACAUCAGGCGCACACACUUUCCCUCUCCCGCCCGCAAUCCCCGACCCAUCAUCCCUCAGUCUCCUCUCGAACGGUACAGCCAGCAGUGUCGACCCCCUCAGCAUCUCCUGGGGAAACCCAGCAGCGUCGAUAGCUCCCGCACUAGGAUCAGACGAGAGCCUCGGCGGUGCACUGUUAACGCCUAUAUCGUGGCUGAACCGCAAUGGUUCGAGUACGGGGUCGCAUUCGCCACUUGAAGGGGAGGUAAGGACGGAGAGUACGGAGAUGAUUGAUGGGCCGAAUGGGAUGGGUGGUGUUGAGACGGUGUCUGUGUCUGUGAACGGCAUCUCCUCUACUACAGCUCAAGUCGGAAGUGAUAGCGAGGUUGCGAGUUUGAGAGCUGAAGGCGGGAUUACGCAGGGAGAAUUGUUGAGACAGGAACAGAGAGCUGGCGUGGUACCUGCGGCGCAACUUGGUGGGAGAGGAGAUAGCGAUGGACUCAGUGAGGAAGAUGAGCUACCGCAUGCGAGAGGACCAGAGGAGAUUGGCAUGGAGGAUAUGGGACCUCAACACUCAGCUGGAAGUGCUACAGAAAGAGGUGCAAUCGGUAUGCAGGGUAUCGAUAUCGAAGCUGCCGUAGGCAGAAGAUUAGACCCUCAAUCAGAUGACGACGAGGAAGAUGCCGACAAGCAAGUCAAGGAUGAAGUCGAGGCAGCAGUGGAAAGUAAACGGCCCAGCACGCCUAAACGAGACGCAGAUGAGGAGAUGGGAGGUGAAGAGAAGAGAGUCAAGUCUGAUGAUGUGGCUAAGAGUGAGGAUAUGGAGAUUGUGGAUGCUGAUGGGAAAGCGGCUGAUGAGAAGAAGUUCGGGGAAGAGGGAGAGACGAAGGGUCCAGAUGCUGUGGAUGCAACAACUGUAUAAUUUAAGUAUGAUGGCGUUGAGGGACAUUUCGCAAGAGAUGGCGCUAAAGAAGAUAUUGAACAUCUAAAGAGCCUUUUCCCAGAUUCUCAAUUAAAGCCUCGGCGUAUGCCUCUACUCUGGUUAUACUGGAACAAAAUCUCGGCACUGAUUACAAGCGACGUUGGGUACAACAGUACUCUUGUCGCUGCCAACUAACAUAUUGCAAAUUCUCCCAUACACCAAAUCACAAGCC